UGUAAGCUGUACUGGCCAAGUAUGCUUGUAUGUAUAAGCUGCGCUAUAAAAGUCGGAAUCUGCAGUAAAUGUAUUAGACAGAACUGGACGAGUGGAACGAAUUCAAAUUAAAAGCAGCUGUGUACUGUAUGCAGCUUUCUGCUUCCGGUUCUGACGACCUUGUGCACUGGAGGAGCAAGUACGGCGUGGUAUUCUUGCUGCUGCUAUUAAGGAAACUGCGUAUAUGUAUCGGCCGCUUUCCAGUAGAUUUUCGAUGCUAGCUGAACUUCUGUAGCAGAGACACAUCGAUUUUUUUAAUUCGCAACUUUGGAAUACAUACUGUAUUUAGUGCGAUCGAUACCUGCUGUUUUUAUUAUGAGUUAUGAUAAAUAAUAUUAUUAUACCACAAGUGUUUUUUGUAUAAGAUGUUAACUACUUUAUACUGUUAUAAGCAUCCGGGCGGCGGACGCAUAUUUAUUUCGAAAACGCAUCGUGAGCGGACGCGAUAAAGUUUUUGCGCACAGGCUCACAGCUGAUUUUACCAGUUGGUCUAUUUGCGUUGCUGACGUUUAACAAGGCCCAAGAAACCCACGGGCAAUUCAGUUUAUUGCACAUCAAUUGUUGAUAAACUACACGAUGUUUAUCAGGUUGUUUGCUUGAUUUUGUGCCUGGCAAUCGCCACGGCAAUUAAUUCGCUGAAAAACAUCAAGUUCAUCAACCUUGAAAUGUUGUAAGUAAUUGUGUGUGCGUAAUCCCGUAAUUUCCCACAACCCUUGUCUAUCAUGGCGUUGUUUGCCCACACCACCCCGCAUCCCGUGUCCGUUCUCAAUGGAGGCAUGGAAAAGCUGGCACUGCGCGAUCCCGAGGCUGAUCUGACGCAUAGCCUGAAAGUCUCUCCUGUCAAAACGAAGAAUGCUGUGCCUAAUGGCAAGGCGCACGGGGAUCACGACAGCAGUCCCGUUAACAAGGAGCCCAUGCAUUCAAUCCUCAAGACACACAGCGCUGGUGGGGAUGACAAGCCAGCGCGAUCCGCUCCGGUGGAUGUGCCCAUGAAAAAGAGCGCCUCCAUGCCCGCGGCGUCGGGAACUCCCGCUUCGGCGGCGGCCGAUUCAACUGUCAUGGGCAGUUUCUCCUCUUCCCCUUCCCAUGGAAGCUACCAGGACAUGUAUAAAUUAUGGGGCGAUGAUCAGGAGGAUUCGUGCGAAUUUCACAAAAUCGUGCCUCCGGCGCGAAGGAGCCUUUCAUUGAAAGCACACAAAGCACCUCCUGAUAGCGCUGGUCCGAAAAAGAUGGUCCGGUUUGCCGAUGCCAUGGGUCUGGAUCUUGAGAAAGUGCGCCAUUUCUUUCAAGAUCAGCUACCCAACACUGGCGUGGAGGACACUCCGAUAUCCUCGCUACCGGAUGAAAAGUAUCGGCAUUUCACUGCCAAAUAUCUCACGCCCGCCUUUCCUCAGCCGUGCCUAUCCAGCUCCUACCUCGAUCGGGUGCGCAACCAGAAAGUAUGCGUGGAUUCGGUGCAGGCGACUGAUUUCUUGGUGACCGGAUUGGUUCGAGUUCUGAACAUUGCCUUUGAGAAAUCUGUGAUGGUUCGGUAUACGUUCGAUAAUUGGAAGACCAGUUUUGACACCAUCGCCCAGUACGUUCCUAAUUCAAACGAUAAUUUCUCGGAUCGCUUCCAGUUUCUGCUUUGUGCUCCACCCAGUUUCGAUAUUGGACAAACCUUACAGUUUGCGGUGUGUUUUCGAGCUGGUGGGAUUGAAUACUGGGAUAGUAAUUACGGGCAGAACUACUCGAUGAUCUGUUGUGCCGGGCAAGCUUUUACUGGCAUUGCACAGUCGCCUUCCUCCAAUACCAAUGCUUUCUUAUAGCCAUGACAGCGAUGAUAAAUUAUGGCGCUAAUUGAAUGAUUAUUAUUGAUUACCCUAAUCUGCCAAUUCUCUCAUGCAAUCUCCUUUGGAUCUUGGAUGCUCUGGAGUCUGGAGUAUAGCUCGUUUCGAAAAGUUUUCAGUUUGGCGUGUGCUGUUUUCAUCUUAAAUGUUUUAAUCUUUAACACUUAUUUACCGGUUUAGUGUGGGUUGUCCCCUUGGUUUCGGCUUGUUUGGGAGUGGCUGACUGUUUACAAAUCGCUUCGAAAUAGUUGUGAUAUUCGCGGUGCAGGGAAUGGCCAUAUUUUCUGAUUAUUUAUUAAAAUUUACCCGCUUUGAAGCAACUUUUACAACUGGAACGUGAAAUGAUUUCGUGCCAUUGCAAUACAUAUGUUUGGGUGCUUUCACUGAAAUUAUUUAUUUUCCCUGGAAUACUACAAUGCCUGUCAUAACGCUCUUUGCUUUCGUUUUUUGUUUCCGCUUGAAAAAAAUUAUAAGGUAACAUUGA